CGUGCGAAUAUAUAGUAUCUUACAUAUAUUCGUGUUUAGCAGCCAUUGCGAAUAGAUUCGAAAGGAGCUGUUACGAGGAAGGUUAGAACCGUGAACCUUGCUUCCGAAAUAUAAAUCUGUAACCGUUUGUACUGAACUAUUUAAGAAAAGAAGUGAUCAUUCCAAUAACUGUGAAAUAAAUAAUUACUUGAAAAAGUAGCAAAAGAGUCUAUUGACUGAGCCCACUUUGAGGUCUUUUAUUCCGUUAUCGAAACUUGAUCGAAAAAAGAAAUAAUGUCUCUACUUCCGAUAUUAUACUCCAAUUGGUGGGAAGAUCUGAAAAAACCACAUAGUCUUUUUGAUCAACACUUUGGAUUGCCUGUAGAUGUUGACGAUUUACCGAUUUCUAAUAUAUUGCCUCCAUUAGACUCUGACGUCUUAGUCCUAAGACCUCGUCGUCACGGUCUUCGCAGACAUCCUUAUGAAAGAAGUCUUAGUCGUAAAACCGAUCGUAAUAGUGGAGUUUCAACAAUAGAAGCUGAUAAAGAUAAAUUCCAAGUAACCUUGGAUGUUCAGCAAUUUGCUCCAGAAGAAAUGACUAUUACAGUUUCCGGAAAUAAUGUAAUUGUUGAGGGGAAGCAUGAAGAAAAGCAAGAUGAGCAUGGUUGGAUCUCAAGGCAAUUUUCACGGAAAUACUUAAUACCAGAACAAUGUAAUAUUGAUGAACUUAAAUCAAGUCUUUCUUCUGAUGGAGUUUUGACUAUCACAGCGCCAAGAAAAGACUUGGAUCCGAAAUCGAAGAACGAAAGAGUUAUUCAAAUCGAAGUCACAGGAAAGCCAGCAAUAAAAGAUAGUACGAAGCCUAUAGAAACACAAAAGGAAGCUUCACCGCAAAAGAAUUCAGUUCAACGAAGAAGUCAAGACCAGACUGUAAAAGCAGCUUAAAGAAUCUUAUUGAAAUCUUAUAUCAAUAAGUGUCAAUUUUUGUCUCUACAGUAUUAUCAUUUUGUGCUUCCAUACCUAGCAUGAAGCAUUUAUUUUCAUUUAUCAUCAAAAACAUAAACACUCCUUUGUAUUUAAUUCUUAAAAAAGAACUUUGAAAGACUUUAUUUUCUGCACCUAUUGUACUCAUUGAUGUUAAUUUGUCAUAAAGUGUUUUGUAAUA